UUUGACUUGGACUCAGACACGAGCAAGACACUACCGACUACUGACCACUGAUGGCGAUGGCACAUGGCACUGACAGAUGCCAGAUUCGAGAUGCGCAACAUGCCAAAUCGUGAUAGAGGGAAUAACAGUAGAAAAUUGUGAUAUGCGAUUUUCUACUGUUAUUACUUGUAUUGUUAUCCCCUUUAUAACAGUUUGGCGUGUUGUGCGUUGUGUAUUGUGCGUCGUGCCGGUCGUGCAUCGUGCGCUCCGAAUCUGGUAUUACAUCUUAUAUUGUAAAUCAAAUAUUGUUGACAUGGAAAAUGAUAGAAAGAAGACAAAUGCCGACUGUUUGAUCGGUGACGCGGCGAAUAAGAUUAAUAAAAUGACAAUUAUUGACGCUGAAAGUAAAAAUACGGUAAAAGCGAUGCCGAAAAUUUCGGAGAAGAUUAACGCCAAAGUAGAGGUCAGUAAAACUGUUUCUAUGGACAAUGCGAGCAAAAAAGCAGAAGAAAAACCACCUGCAGAACUUUUGAAAAAAAUCAAGGAUCAAGUAGAGUAUUAUUUUGGUAAUGUAAAUAUGCAGAAAGAUAAAUUUCUCAUUGAACAAAUAAAACUAGACGCAGGUUGGAUUCCCAUGACUGUUAUGUUAAAGUUCAGGAUGUUAGCUAAUUUUAGCAGAAAUGUUGAUGUAAUUUUGAAGGCUCUGGAGAAUAGCAAUCUCAUAGAGAUUUCUAAAGAUAGAAAGAAGAUACGGCGAUCGCCUAAUUAUCCUUUACCUGAAUAUAAUGAGGAAUGUAGAAAAGCUCAAGAAGCCAGAACAAUUUAUGUUACUGGAUUCCCAUUAAAUUCAAAUAUUGAUAAGCUAAAAGCGUUUUUUGAAUCAUAUCAGCCAUUUGAAAGAAUUAUGAUGAAAAAGUAUCAAGAUCAUCAAGAUAAAAUUUUUAAAUUUGCAGGAGCUGCUUUUGUACAGUUUGAAACUUUGGAUGGUGCAAAAGCUUUUAUGAAUGUAAAAUCUAUAAAAUAUGAAGGUACCGAAAUAAUAAGAAAAUGGGCAAUUAAGAGGAGAUAAGAGGUUUCAUAAGUGAAGUGUUUUUCUUACAGUCGGAAAUUGUGAAUGGAACAGUUAUAUUUUUUUUUCUUAUUUGAAGAUUUGUUGCUUGGUUCUUGAAAAUAAUUCAUAAGUUUCUUUAAAAAUAUCUUUUUAUUUUUUGUGCAUAAGUCAAUUCUGUUAAUUUACUUUUAAGGUAUUAUUACUAUCAGUAAUAGGAGCAGGUCAACAAAAUGUCACUGUAUAUCCAAGGUCUAAACAUGUUCAUAUCUGAUAAACAUUCUCCCAAUUGUAAGGAAAACUGUUAUGAACUUUUCCGCGAGUAUAAUCCAGUAAUACUGUGUAAAAAAAAUAUGUUAUUAAUAUAUGAAGUAUAUAGAUUAAAAUAAA